GGAUGGCCAUGGUUGUAAACAGAAUGGCCGUCCGAUUCAUACAAACAUGCUUUGUUAAAUUAACCAAAUCCAGCCACAUCGACACGCCAACCAUUGGUGAUUCAAAUAGGGGUAGAGGUUUUCGCCGAAAUCAACAUACCUUGAAUAGACGACCCAACACAGACAAUACGUGUUUAGGGAUAUUCACAUGUAUUGUUUGUGUACACUCCCAGCCCAAGCCAUUUCGCCGAAAUUUCGGCGGGCUUGAAAAAAAGUUAAGGAGGAUCGAGCAAAAGUUAGGUAUUUGGCGAAUUCCUGAUUGUUAUGGGUACUGGGAGGAAAGAGUAUAAAUAGCAGACGAAUCCGUGUAGAAAUUGUAAUUGAAAAAAUCAUUUUAUUAAUCAAAAAUGUCCGUUCAAUUCAAAUCUACUAAAACCAAUCAAAAAGAUAAUCAAUUGUUUACUCAAUUCACUUAUGAGAAUUCAAUUGUUGAAAAAAAUGAAAUUGGAACUUAUGAUGUUACACCCACCUCGAUUGACUAUGAGUUCCGUACUUCAUUAAAGCCCAAGAAAACCGGGUUAUUAUUAGUUGGAUUGGGUGGUAAUAAUGGUACUACGUUAUUAGGAUCGGUUCUCACCAAUAAACACCAAAUCAGUUUUGAAAAUAAAGAAGGGGUUGUUAAACCAAAUUAUUUUGGUUCGGUUACUCAAAGUUCCACCAUUAAAUUGGGGGUUGACAAGGAAGGCAAUGAUGUUUACUCUCCAUUCAACUCAAUCUUACCAAUGCUUAAUCCAAAUGAUUUGAUUGUUGAUGGAUGGGACAUCAGCAAUUUAGAGCUUGACGCCGCCAUGAAAAGAGCUCAAGUAUUAGAUGUUGAUUUGCAAAAACAAUUGGCUCCAUUCUUAAAAGGAAUCAAACCAAAACCUUCGGUAUACUACCCCGAUUUCAUUGCUUUGAACCAAAAGGAAAGAGCCAAUAACGUUGUUAACGUUGAUUCUGCUAAAGAAGUCGACACCAAUAGAAAAUGGCAAGAUGUCGAAACCAUUAGAAGCGAUAUUCAAAAUUUCAAAAAACAACACAAUUUAGAACAAGUGAUUGUUUUAUGGACGGCAAACACCGAAAGAUACUCGGAUAUCAUUGAUGGGGUUAACGACACCAGUGAAAAUUUACUCAAAUCAAUUCAAGAAAACCACCCAGAAGUGAGUCCUUCCACAGUUUUCGCUGUUGCAUCAAUCUUGGAAGGGGUUCCUUACAUCAACGGGUCUCCACAAAAUACUUUUGUCCCCGGGGUGAUUGAAUUGGCUGAGAAAAACCAGACUUUCAUUGGUGGUGACGAUUUCAAGAGUGGUCAAACCAAGAUCAAGUCGGUAUUGGCCCAAUUCUUGGUGGAUGCCGGUAUCAGACCAAUCUCCAUUGCCAGUUAUAAUCAUUUGGGUAAUAACGAUGGUUAUAACUUAUCUUCCCCAAAACAAUUCAAAAGUAAGGAGAUCAGUAAACGAGGCGUCGUCGAUGAUAUCAUCGAAAGUAACCAAAUCUUAUACAACGAAGAAUUGGGUAAGAAAAUCGACCACUGUAUUGUCAUCAAAUACUUACAGGCAGUUAAAGACAGUAAGGUCGCCAUGGACGAAUACUACAGUGAGUUGAUGUUGGGGGGCCACAACAAAAUCAGUAUCCAUAACGUUUGCGAAGACUCGCUUUUGGCAACCCCGUUAAUCAUUGAUUUGGUGGUCAUGACCGAGUUCUUGUCGAGAGUCAGCUACAAAAAAGAUAACUCAAACGAGUAUCAUAAUUUUUACUCGGUCUUAACCCUUUUGAGUUACUGGUUAAAGGCCCCCUUGACCAAACCAGGCUACAAAGUCAUCAACGGGUUGAACAAACAAAGAUUGGCCAUCGAAAACUUGUUGAGACUAUUGGUUGGUUUACCCAUCAACAACGAAUUGAGAUUCGAAGAAAGAUUAGUCUAA